GGUCAUUGUCUGCACGGAAGCAACCAAUUCCAACACCUCGGCCGCUCCCUGGGCAUGCAUGGGUCUUCGUUUCGGUGGCUUCUCGCUGACGUACCUAGGAUGAUGUUUUCUGGUGGCUGCAACGAAGGGCAUGCAGCCCGUCCUGGCUAGAAUUGAUUUAGUUGUCGUCAAGCCAGGCCCACUGGACGCCUUUGCCUAAAUUCCGAAUCACCUGAGAGAUUGUAAAGCCUGAUACCACAUCAUACUUGAUAUCUGGGUGAUAACCUCUCAAAACCGGACUGAGAAAGCUACUAUCAACUGCAAGCCCUCCCACCAUCAUACAUUUCAACAAUGAGUUCCAAAGAUCUUUAUGUGGCACAAGAUGCUACUUAUGAUUUGAUCUGCGUAGGCUUUGGCCCAGCUCAGAUAGCCACCGCUAUUGCAAACUUCGAGUCUCCAAGGCCCUCAAAUGUUAUCUUUCUCGAGCAGAAGCCUUCCUUCUCAUGGAAAGCCUCCGCACAUCUUCUUCGGUCGCGAAUGGAAAAUGCAUUCAUCUAUGAUCUCGCAACAACAAGAAAUCCACGAUCGGCAUUUACGUACACCAGCUACCUACUUGCCAAGGAUCGACUCAUCUCUUUCGCCAACUCUGAUCGCAUGGAGCCCUUGAGAAUUGAAUUCGAAGACUACCUGAGAUGGUGUGCAGACUCAUUCUCAGAGCAGGUUAAAUAUGGACACAAGGUCACGAGCGUGAUCCCUGAACGAAGGAACGGCGUGGUCAAGAGCUGGCAAGUUGUGGUGCAGGAUGCUACUGGCGGCACGCAGACUCUCCGCACGAAGAACUUUGCCUUCCCUGCACCUGCAUCAAGAGAUCAGAAAGCACGAUCGCUGAUCAAUCUCAACAUGGAGGCUGGCCGGCGUCAUGUAGUCUCCUACGACGAAUACCUUGGUGGUCGGAAUGCGCUACGUGGACCUCGCGAGCCACGACUUGAUGUUGCUGUCGUGGGCUCUGGCUCUAAGACGGCCGAAAUCAUUGACGACCUCCUCACCUGUUCGAACUUGGGAAACAUAACGGUAGUCACAGAGAACGAAUCGCUUGUCCCGCUACAGGUUUUGAGCAAAGAGACUACCCCACCACCACCACGCCUGUGCUCUCUGUGGGUAAAACCAUCGUGCGAAGAACAACCUGCUCUGUCAGAUACCUCAGAGUUGUUACACAAGGUCUAUGAUCGUGCGUAUGAGAAGCAGGUUGCUAGCAAGGGACAGUACGCGCUGCGGAUCGUGUUGUCAAGAGAUGCGAGUAACACUGCAGAGGUAAUAGCACAGGCAGGUGUCGUCAUUGCAGAGACCCCUACCGAGACGCAACUGGCGACGGAUGGUCUCUUUGACCAGGUAGAUGCACUGGUGCUGGGCUGUCGACAGAAGAGCGAGAGCCUCGAGGAGGUACAAUUCAAGCGUGGGACUGUGGCCGAUGAUUGCCGGAUGUGGAUGCUCAACGCACACUCGGACGAAGGUCGAACGCUAGCAAAGGACAUCGCCAUUCGCACGGGAGAGAUCGCGAGAGUGGUCGCCGCCAGUGCCAAUAGCGAUCCUGCGCGUCGAGAAGGGGAUAGGGCAAUGGUUGUCAGCGCUCGCAUAUGAGUGAUAUAAACAGGCCAAAUGGUACAAGUACAAUGCAGUGUAGGGUGCUACUUCACAAAGCUACCUGUUGGAGCACGAAAAGUACUCGUACCAGGUCAGUACGAACUGCGCUGUAGCAAGAGAAGGAAAGUGUACGUUGUGACCGUGGCCGAGGGAGUCAGGUGCGAUGACAGCGAAUAGACCUGCAUUGAGGCGGGUAGAUGGUGGAUACCAGUCAAGAAGGGACCUGUGCCGAUCCCCACUGUCUGUGAUGGUGAGGGUGAUGGAUGGUGUUUGUUCUGAUGGAAGGGGACCGGUGGACGGAGAUAUUUCCAACAUGUGAUUUACUAUGAUUACUUCAAUGUAGAAUUUUUUUAUCUGAUCGAGUCUAAACCCGAUUGAGCCACUAAUAAUCUGAUCCUUAC